UCGGCAACAGGGGAAGGGAAACUGGGAAACAUUGUCACAGAGGUGUAGAAAGAGAGGAAAUAAUUAAAGAAUACUUAUUAUUUCUUUUUCUGCAUCUUUUUUGUAUUCCUUUAAAAAAAAAAAAAAAAUCUAUACCUAGUGUCCGACCCAAAAUCGGGGACCAAGACUGACAUCUGAAGAGCCACUACUCCCAAGAGUACUAAUUUCAAUAAGUUGAGAAGGGCAAAUUCCAACCUAGCCGCAAUGAAGAAUAAACAAAAAUCCACCACAAGAGAUUUGAAAUCCCUAAUUUCUGACCACAGGCUCUUCUUCGACAAGCUAAUUGACCUAAUUCCACCUAGAUUCUACCUCCCUAAAGAUGAAGCCGACACCUGGUAUCGUGGUCUACCAAAAGCCGCUAGAGCAUCCUUAAAAAAGCAAUCCAAAGAAAACCUCAAAAAAGCCCGUCGCAAUCGCCUUGACCCUGAAAAGAAAGAGCAGUCCUCAACCCUCGGACAACUCCAACAAUCCCUUCAGAACGUGGAGGAUCAUGUUGAAUCCAAGCCCAUUAAUUUGGACGAAAACGAUAACCCUAACCCUAAUAAUGACAAUGAUAACUCCUCUGUUACGUAUGAAGAGUUGAGGCAAAGGCUACGUAGAAAGAUCGAAAUGCUCCGUGGCAAUCGAGGUGAUGGGGAGAGUUCGGAGAGCAAUAGAGCGCGUAAAAGGAGUGAAAGAAAUGAAAAGGAUGGAUUUUUAGCGAAGAAGAGAAAAAGAGGUGAAGAGGAAGAUAAUGGGGAAGUUAAUAUAGAGUUUGGGAAGGUUAAGAUUGGUGACGAUGAUGAUAAGAAAAAGAAGAAGAAGGAGAAGAAAGUAUCGAAAGCGAAAGAAUUGGAAAGGUUGAAGAGGUUAGAAGAAGUGAAGAGAGAGGAUAGGACGUUGGCGGAUAAGGAAGCGUGGAAGGCAGCGGAAAAGAAGGCAAUGGGAGUUAAGGUUUACGAUAAUCCUAAGUUGUUGAAGGAGAGUAUGAAGAAGGAGAAGAAAAGGAAAGAGAAGAGUUCGCAAAAGUGGAAGGAAAGAAUGGAGACUACGGAGAAGUUGAAGAAGGAACGACAACAGAAGAGAAGGGAUAAUAUUGCUGGUAAAGCCAAGGAGAAGAAGAUGAGGAAGAUUGCUAAAAGGGAGAAGAAGCUUAUGAGGCCGGGAUUUGAGGGACGAAAGGAAGGCUACAUUACUCAGGAUAAAAGCUAAACUGGUGAUCAACUCUUUUCGUUUGUUUACUUAUGUUGAAUUUCAUUUGGAGAGAAAGUUUUGUGAUUGUUCUGAAAUCUUUUAGUAAUUCUGUGCUAUUCAA